GUGUUUUACAACAACCUUUCUUUUUCUUUUUACGAUAUGUUUUGAAAACAAUCGACGUAACAUGAGUUUCACCUCAGAAAAAUUUUCCACUUAAUUUAAAAUAUUAAACUUAAAUUGUUUACAAUUUAAACCCAAAUAAUAAAUAAAUUUGUGACUUAUUUAUCAUUCUAACUAAUUUAACUUAAUAAGAAAAUGGGUAAAACAAAUAAAGCUCAACGAACUAAAGGAAAUACCAGACCUUCUAGUAGCAGUCACAGUGCUCAACUUCUCUCUUUAAGCGGAAGAACAAUUAAUGGGUUCAUAGGUUUUAGUAGUUUAGAAAAAGAUAAGGCAAGUUAUGUACCAGCCACAGGACAGCAGAUAUCAGAUGCAUGUGAAAGUUGUGUUGAUUCUGACUUCCGUAUGGUUAUGAGAAAAAUGCUUAAAAGGGAUGCAGUAACAAGAUUGAAGGCAUUGCAAGAAUUUAAAGACUUCUGUUCUGAGAAAGACUUUGAAGUUGUAAAAAAUGUUAUGCCUUUUUGGCCACGAUUGUUCAACAGAUUAGCUUUGGACACAGAUCGACGAAUAAGAGAAGCAACUCAUCUAGCAAAUGGGGAACUUAUUUCUAAAAUUAAACGAGAAAUUGCUCCAUAUCUCAAAAGCAUAAUGGGAGUUUGGCUCCUGAGCCAGUGUGAUUUAUAUGCACCUGCGGCUAGUGCUGCCCAAGCCACGUUUGCUGCCACAUUUCCUACUGCAAAGCAGUCUGAUGCUUUACUCCAUUGUAAAGCAGAAAUAUUUUUUUAUUUUAAGGAUAAUUUAUUUGAACAAACAGCAAAGACGUUAAGCGAACCAAAAACUGUUGGCAAGAAAUUAAUAUAAACAAAGUUGUGCUUCCACAACUGUGGUCCCUACUGGAAAAUGGUGGCAAAGGAAAUGCUCAGGUUCUUUAUCCCUGUCUUCUACCUUUCCUAAGCAAACUUCCUUCAGAAAUUAUAGGAAAUGAAAAUAUUAUUUUAAAGUUUUUUGAUUCUCUCAAAGAAAGCCUUUUUCUGGACAAUGUGAAGAAGUCUCAUAUAGAAUGUGAUGCAAUUUUAACUGCUUUAACAGAAUGUCUACAGUAUAUUUGCUGUGUCCGUAUAGAAAAUUUGGAGCUUAGCUCAUCCAUAUUGAAAAAAGUUCUUCGAUUUCAUGUUGCUGAUUUAAUACACAAGUCUCUGAGUACUAAAGAUGCACAUCUUGCAACUUCUAAAUUGUAUCCAUUAGUUGGCUCAUUAAUAUGCAAAGUGGAAUGUAAGUGUUUUACUACAAAAGAAGUUUCUGAAUGUUUUUCAAAGGCCAUUGAAGAGUUUUGGGAAUAUUUGCUACCAAUAUUUUAUGAAGUCCUUGAUUCACCAUUAGAAAGUUCUAAGAGUGUGCAUGCUAUGUAUUUGUCCUAUUUUUUUAAUAGUAUAUUAGUUCCUACAGAAGCCCUGGUAAAAGCAGAGAAACCUAAAGUUCGAUUUGAAGAUGAAGUUUCAGAACCUGAAUCUUCUAAUAACAGUUCCAUCAUUAGAACUAUGGACCCAAACAGUGUUAUUCUGUCAAAUAAAAAAUCUCAAUCUUUUGCUCAUAUUCUUAAGCUUAGCAAAUAUUUGUGUGACCAAAUUGGGGAGAAAUGUGACAUCUGUUAUCUUAAUCUUUUAAUAGAAGUUUUGGCAUCAGUUGCAAAUGGCGAGCUUUUGUUUGAGCUUAUAAUGCAAACAACUGCACAGAAACAGAAAGAUGUUUUCUAUCAGGAUACGAUUGCAAGAUGGUUGGAAAAAACUGAUAAUAAUUUGCAAAAACUUAAUUGCAUUGCUGAACUUAUUUUUAUUUUAUGUGCAAAUUCAUCUGAGGAAGAAGCUACAAAAGUUUGGAAUUCAGUUUGCCAGGUACAAAAUGCUGCUCUUCUACAAUGUCUACUCUCUAAAGGUCUUUCCAAAUAUGUUGAUUAUCCUCUUUUCCAUCAAUGGAUACAGGGCACAGUCUUCAUUACAAAUGUGGAAUAUCUAUUGAUUCAGUGUCUAGAAGAUAUUCUUAACAAAGAUUCUAUCUCUGAGAAUGAUCUGAAUCCAGUUCUAAAUGUAUUUAAAAUAUGUAUGAAAGCAAAUCUAUUUGAAAGUAAUAACCUUUUACAUAAUACACAUUUGAAGCAUGUCAUACAAUCAUUGAAAGAGUUUGCUGACAAAAUUCUUGCUGUAUCAACAGAAAGCCCUAACUUUAAAAUAGGCUUAAAUUUCCUCUGUGAUGUUGGAACUUCUAUUGUAAAGAAUUCUAUGAUUUGCUGGGAUUUCAGAGAUAUAACAGAAUUGAUAUUUGCACUUUUUCAUCACAAUCUAACAAACAAGAAAUCAUUAGAAAAUUUGACUAACUUUUGGUGUACAGCUGUCGAAUGCUAUAUCCAGUCUAAACCAGAAAUUGUUCAUGAUAACAGUCUCAUACUGAAAAUUGCAUCCGAUUUGCAUUCUAAUAUUCUGUGUUUAACUUCUCUUGAUAAGUCUAUGCGAGUACUCGAUCAUUAUUUACUACUACUUUCCUCUGUGCAAGAUUCUUUAAAUUGUCAAAAAUCAACAUUGCAAUAUUCAGGCUCCUUUGCAUUAUCUAAACUUAUUGAUGCAAUUUUACCAACAGAAGAAGAAUGGCAAUUAUUAAGAAAAGAUCACAAUUUUAGUACAGUUCCACUUUUCUUAGAAAAAAAAUUAUUUUAUCCCUUACUAAUGGAAGAAAGCUUUUUUCCUUCUGGAGACAUUCAUAAAGGAUUGCUAUCAGUUUAUGUUGUUUCUAAAAUUAUUCUAAAAGAACUACAAAGAGAGGAUAGUUUUGUAGAUGAAAAGUUUUUAGAAUCUUGUGUUAUCAAGCACUUCCCCCAUACGUUGUGGUUUUCAACUUUUUAUGAAGAAACUAGUGCUGCUGAUGUGUUAAAUGAAGAACUCUCUAGUUUAAAAAUUAGUGAAGAUAGUUUCAAAAUGUUAACCUUUUUGCCAAAAGGAAUCAACGACAUUAUGAACAAAAUUCUAACUGAGACUCUCAACAAUGGAUGCUUUUGGGCUGUUCCUUUACACUUUCUUAUGAAACAUUUUAACCUUCUGCAAACUGAAAAUAUUCCUUUAAUGAUAGAAGAACGUCUGAAAGAUGAAAAUUUGUCUGAAAAUUUACAUAAAAGUGUUCUUCAGCAAAUAGUAAUCCCUUAUCUCUCUAUUGAAAAGCAGCAACUUCAAUUUAAAUUGACAUUGUAUCAACUAGCUCAAAUAAGAGAAAUUUCCAAUAAAAAUUUUGCUGAAAAACUGGGUGAAAUAUGCUGUUAUUUACAAAAUGAGGAUUUAUCUUUAAGUACAGAUUUGCAAAAUCUUUUGGCUGAAACUAUAUGCAAGGUUAUCGAGUAUAAUUUCCCUAAUGACAAUAUGAAGUUUUCUUAUCACUUGCAAGUAGUAGCAGUUUUAUCUUCUGUUGUCAAUUGUGGAGCUAACUUUUUUAAUGAGACUAUUUUGAAUUAUCUUGGAUCAACUAUGAAAUCCUUGUCUCAGAAACAAUUUUUGAAGAAAUUUGAAAAUCCUGCUGCAGUUUUGAAAGCUUAUCAAACCUUUGAAGCUUUUUCCACAAUGUCUAUUAUAUGCAAUGAUCAGGAAUCAUCUAAGAAAGAAGACGUGAAGAAACAAUUAGUUCUGGAUGAUGAGUGUUUCACAAAUAUAGUUUCACUUUAUCUUUAUGUUACAAAUAUGUUUAAUGAAAUGAAGCCACUACCUAGUAUAUGCUGUAACAUGCUGCUGAGUGUUUCUGAAGCUAUGAAGUUCCUUCCUUCCAAUUCUCUUGGGAAAAUGAUUGAUAAAUCAACAGAAAUUCCAAGAAUUAGAGAUAAUACCAUUUUACAGUCCCUAAUAUCCUCAUUGACUUUUAGCAAUCGACAAAUCCAGUUUACUUCUCAUUCACUUCUAAUGAAAAUUAUGCGAAGUUUGCCAGACAUGCUGCUCAAUUCAGAAAAUUUUUUGAGUGAUGAAGACAAAGACGAAGAUAUAGAAAAAAUUCCUAAUUGUGCAUCACCUUUAAUAAAACUACUAGUUUUCUUGACUGAAAUCAUCGAUAGUAUGUUACUGGAUUUUAAAAUUGGGGACUUGUGCUCAGUUUUACCAGGAACUGAUUCAUAUAUAUAUACCAUGGCUUAUUUACUUUCUUGGAUUGAAAUGCUCGAAUUUAUUUCAUCUUCUCCUUCUCAGGUUCGAUCAAUUUAUGCUGCUCACCUUGAGGAAUCAAAGUUACUCUCUGAGUUGUUUUCUAAUGUUUUCCGCCUUAUGCCAAGCAAUCCAGUUGCUUGUAUUGUAAGAAGUCAAAAUGUCAGUACACCAAAGAAAGAGGAUCUAAAGUUGUUAUUUACUCAACCUCCUGUGUUGAAUUUGGACUUCUCAUCUUCAGAAGAUAUACAGAGGGUUGCAAGUUAUGUUUAUGCCACUGUUUUACGUAGAGUUCCUGCUUCAAUUAGAACUUGGUGGAAUAACCUUGACAGAAAAUCUUCUGACAUUGUUAAUAAAUUUACAACAAAAUACAUUAGUGGACUUCUUUGUAUUGAAGAAAUACAAGCUGUACAUGAGAGUGAGAAGAACUUUGAAAAUAUGGUGGUUCAAGCUCGUCCAGGGUCUAGAGAAGUUAUUGCCACUUACACCAUAGAUGAUUGUGCUAUUGAACUCAGUGUCCAACUUCCUGUAAACUAUCCAUUAGGACCUAUUUCAGCUGAAAGAAGAGGCAAAAUUGUGAUUGGACAGUUGGAAUGGAGGCAUUGGUUGAUGCAAUUAACCACUGUACUAAGAUAUCAGAAUGGUUCUAUACUAGAUGGUCUUAAUAUCUGGAAGAGAAACUUAGAUAAGAAAUUUGAAGGAGUUGAAGAAUGUAUGAUUUGUUACUACGUGUUACAUAGCUCAACACUUAAACUUCCUAAAUUAUCAUGUCGUGUUUGCAAAAAGAAAUUCCAUUCUGCUUGUUUGUACAAAUGGUUUGACACAAGCUACAACUCUACAUGCCCAUUGUGCAGAAAUGAAUUCUUUAUUCCAAUGCAGAAAACAUAACAUUGAAAUUUGUACUCAUUUGAGUUCUCAUAUUGUAAAUUAUCAGUGUGUUUAUAAAUCAAUAAAUUUUUAUCUAAAGCUGUAUUUAAAACUUAAUAAAAUUGAAUUCUAUUGCUA